AUGACUUCCAAGAGGCAAUAUCCAAUUGAUCAAAGCAAUCAAUUAAGCCAAGGUCAAAAUCCAUCACCACAACAACCAUUACAACAAUACCCACAACAACCAUAUCAACCAAAUCCAACUUAUGGUAAUGAUACAACACAACAAUGGAAUCAAACUCCACAACAACAACAGCAACCACAACAACAAAAUAUUUCACCACCACAAUCACAAAAUCAAAAUGGUGUACAAAAUACAAUUCAUACAGGUGGAAGUAAAAGAGUUUAUCCAGUCGAUCCACAAAAUGAAACAUUAUUAUCAUCAAACUUUAGCAAUAUGAACUUAUCAUCACAACAACAACAACCAUUACCACAACCAACACAUAUACCAGUACCAGGCCCAAAUACUACAACAUAUAAUCCAUAUAUACAACAACCACAACAACAACCACAACAACAACCACAACAACAACCACAACAACCACAACAACCACAACAACAACCACAACAACAAACGCAACAACCACAAACAUGGAAUACAUCACCACCACAAACUCAACAACAACCAAUUCAAACAUUUACACCUCAUAUAUCACCACCACAAACCCAACAACAACAACCACAACAAACAACACCAUUCCAACCAAUGCAACCAACUCAACCAUCAUAUAGUCAACCACAACAAACACAACCAUUACCAUUACCACCAAUGCAACCAUCAUAUAAUCAACAACCAUAUACUCAACAACCAUAUACUCAACAACCAUAUACUCAACAACCAGGACAACAAUCGCAAUAUCAACAACCACAACAACAAACCCCACAACAACAAGCUGCAGUGGAACAACCAGUACCAACUUUAGAAAAUCUUUGUCCUAAACCAUUCAUGAGAUUAUCAAUGAAUGCAAUUCCAAAUCAUCCUUCAAUUUUAAAUAAAGUUCAUAUACCAUUAGGUUUAAAUAUUCAUCCAUUGGCACAUGAUCCACAAGGACCAGUACCAGUUGUUUAUUCAUCAAUAAUUAGAUGUAGAAGAUGUAGAACAUAUAUAAAUCCAUUUGUUACUUGGUUAAAUGGAGGUGGUAGAUGGAGAUGUAAUAUGUGUGAAAAUAUUAACGAUACACCCCAAGAUUAUUUUUCACCAAUUGAUUUUACAACAGGCAAAAGAUCAGAUAUUUUAAACAGACCAGAAUUACAAAAAGGUUGUGUAGAAUUUUUAGCAUCAAGUGAUUAUUUAGUUAGACCACCACAACCACCAACCUAUUUCUUUAUAGUUGAUGUUUGUUAUGAAUCUAUAGUAUCAGGAAUGUUGAAUACAGCGAUCAAUGCAAUCAAGACCACAUUGGGAGAUUUAAUUGAAAAGAGUAAUGGUAGAGCAAGAUUUGGUAUAAUGACAUUUGAUGAUUCAUUACAUUUUUACAACUUGAAAUCAAAUCCAUCCAAUAGACCACAAAUGUUUGUUGUUACCGAUAUGGAUCAAGUGUAUGUACCACCAUUUGAAGACUUUUUAGUGAAUCUAAAGGAUGGUUUAGAGGUUGUAGAGAAUACAUUGAAUAUCAUUCAAAGUAUGCCACGUACUCAACAAAAGGUUGAGAGUUGUUUAGGUAGUGCAUUGAAGGCAGCAUUCAGCAUUUGUGAGCGUGUUGGCGGUAAAUUGAUUGUCUUACAAUCUUAUAUUCCACGUGGUCCAUUGGGUAAGCUAUCGAUUAGAGAUUAUCAACCACUUUUGGGCACCAAGAAAGAGUCCACAUUGUUACAACCAAGUAAUGAUGGUGAAUUCUAUAAGGAGUUGGCAUUAAGUUGUACAAGUCAACAAUUGAGUGUCGAUCUUUUCCUCUUCUCCAAUGAUUAUACCGACACUGCCUCUUUGGGUACCCUCUGUCAAAUCACUGGUGGUUCAAUGUAUUAUUAUCCUUCAUUUGUUGCCUCUCGUGAUGGUCAAGUAUUUGCUGCAAAUCUCAUUCAUUCACUCACUAGAGACACCGCUUGGGAAGCAGUUAUGCGUGUUAGAACUAGUCGUGGCUUAACCAUCAACUCUUAUCAUGGUAAUUAUUUCUUAAAGACUUCUGAUCUUUUAGGUUUACCAACUAUCGAUAGUGAUAAAACCAUUACUCUUCAAAUGGGCAUCAGUGAUUCAAUCGGUCAAAAGUAUGCUUCACUUCAAUCCGCUUUACUUUAUACUCAUUCUUGUGGUGAACGUAGGGUUAGAGUAUUCACAAUCUCAAUUCCAGUGGUAUCCAACUAUCAAGAUCUCUUUAGAUACGCUGAUAUCAGUGUAGUUACAAGCCUAAUCAGUAAGAUGGCCAUCGAUAAGGCAUUAUCUUCAAGUUUAAAUGAUGCUCGUGAUGCCAUUGCCAAUAAAUGUGUUGAGAUCCUUCAAGCAUUCAAAGCCGCCUCUACAUCGAAUCCUCAAGCAAAUCCAGCUGUUACCCUUAGUCAAAACGCUCCAAAACUAUUGUUACCAGAAACCCUUAAACAUCUUCCACUCUAUGUCGUCUCAAUGGUAAAGAGUAUCAUAUUCUCAAGUCGUACCACUCAUCCUGAUUUACGUGCUUUCCAUAUGCAACGUAUGAAAACUUUAGAUUUGAAUUCUUGUCUAAACUUUUUCUAUCCUUAUUUCUAUUCUCUCUUGGCCCCUCCAAAUUAUCAACCACCAACAACUCCAAACACUCCAUUCGUACCUCACUCAUUUAAGCUAUCCUCUGAUGAACUCCAACGUAAUGGUUUAUUCGCUAUUGUCAAUGGUUAUACUCUAUAUCUUUUCAUUGGUGAACAAUUACCUCAACCAGUUUUCACAGAUAUUUUCGGUGUCCCAGACGUUUCUCAACUUGAUAUCAACACCUUCCAAGAUCUUCCAAUCUUGGAUAAUGAUCAUAGUAGAUACGCUCGUAAAGUAAUUGAACUCGUUAGAAAUAGUUAUCCAGAAUACUUGAAAAUGUUUGUUGUUAAAUCAACUGAUAGACAAAGAAGACCUGAAUUCCAAUCACUUUUAAUUGAAGAUAGAACUCCAGAGGGUUGCUCUUAUUAUGAAUUUAUUAUUCAACUUCAAUCAAGAAUUACUCAAAAUUAA